UGACACGUCCCGACGCUUUUCCACGUCGCGCGCCCAACGGUUGAGGCAGGGGAGGCUGCGCGCGUUCGUGCAAAGGCCGGGAAAAAAUGGCGGCGCCCGUCUUGCGAGUGUCCACCCCUCGCUGGGAGCGGAUAGUCCGGCUGCUCGUGUGUCUCUCAGGAAUUCUGAUAUCCCUGUACGCAUUCCAUGUGGAGAGGGAAAAGACCCGCGACGCCAAUUACCGCGCCCUGUGCGACCUGAGCAGCUCCAUCAGCUGCUCUAAAGUCUUCACGUCCAGAUGGGGUCGAGGAUUUGGACUGUUAGGAACCAUUUUUGGCAACGACAGUGCAGUAAACCAGCCAAACAGUGUCUAUGGAAUUUUCUUUUAUGUCUUUCAGCUGUUACUAGGUUUGACGGCCAGUGCGAUGGCUGCUCUGAUUCUCAUGACCACCUCCAUCGCGUCAGUGAUGGGCUCCCUCUACCUGGGCUACAUCCUCUACUUCGUCCUUAAGGACUUCUGCUUCAUCUGCGUCACCACAUACCUACUGAACUUCAUCCUGUUUGUGCUCAACUACAAGCGACUGGUUUACUUGAACGAGGCCUGGAAGCAGCAGCUCCAAGCCAAGCGGGACUAGACACACAACAACAACAACAAGUGUAGAAGGAUAACAAAUCAUCCAACACGUGGGGAAAAUGUGACCUCUGAAAAUUUGUGACUUGCCACCAGGAGACCUUGCUUCCAAACAAAUGUUCAUUCUGUUGUGUGUGUGUGUGUGUGUGUGUUAAAACGAAACAAAAAAUUAAACAAGGAAAAGAAAACGUGUAACUUUAGGGGCCACAGAUCACAGGUUUAUUGGAAGGAUUGGAAAACAGAAACACAAAUCUUUGUCCGUUUUGAUUUCUUGUUGGUUUUCAUUGUUCCCUGAGAUGAAAAUGAGGUUUGCGCUUUGAGAGAGAGAGAGCAGUCAGAAAGCACUUAGGAAACUUCUAGUCAGUACAAACGGAAGAAGGUGUCCUUUCCCUGAGGAAUAAAAUAAUGGAGAAAACAAUGUGAGAAAUUCUGUUUACUUGAAUCCACUGGGAAAGUCGGUGCUUAUUGGGAGCAGCUGAUUCCAGCGGGACUGAAUUUAAAGGUUUAUAAUGGGUAAACACAAAUGAUCAUGAGGCUAAUGUACUGCUCGCAGAGAUGAUUCCACGACAAAUAAAGUGUAAUUUUUUAUGUUUACAGGUUUUUUUUUUUUUUAUUGUUUUGGAAGAGGACCACUCAUAAAACACGCAAGAAUGUGAGCUGUAUGUGUGUAGAUCAGAUUUGUCUGUGACAACUUUUUUUUUAUUUGUUUGUUUCGCAGUUCUGUAAAUAGCUGCCGCAAAGCAAUAUUCCAGACUAGUUUGUGUUUUACCGUUAAAAACAUUAAAAAUUCCCAAUCCACGGCAUGUCCGUCACUACCAAUGAGUGCUUUCAGCAGCGAUUGUGCGAGUUAUUCUUCAUGCAAGCGUUACAGUGUUGUGCUCAUUAUGUGGGGGUCUUGAUCCAGAUGAAAUGCUGCAUUUAUGUCAUGUUGGAAUUACUGUAAUUAUGAGAUGAAUGACGACAAUCUUUCCAGUGGUCGUCUUUAGACUCGAGAAUUAUUUAUUUCUCUGUCAGUGCUCGUAUACCAAAUCGAUGCAUUCAUUCACUUCUGUAUUCUCUUGCCAAAUGUAUUGGCUGUAAUUAAAUGACAUCAAUCCUUAAAGGGUUAGUUCACCCAAAAAUGAAAAUUGUCACCAUUUACUCUCCCUCAUGUCAUUCCACACCCAUAAGACUUUCGUUCAUCUUCAAAAUGCAAAUGAAGAUCUUUUUGAUGAAAUCUGAGAGCUUUCUGUCUCUUCAUUGACACACAACUACCACUUUGAAGCUUCGAAAAGUUCAUAAAGAGAUUGAGCAGGUUAGUCCAAAUGUUCUGUGUUAUGAUGAACAGACUGAAUUUGGGCUUUUAUUCACAUAAAACACACAUCAGUUGUGGUAAACAGAAGCUCAAGCAUGAUUGCCUGACGUGCAAGAACCGAUGUGCUUCAUUCUGAUCAAUGUUUAUAUGUGAAUAAAAGCCUAAAUUCAAUCUGCUCAUCAUAUAAAGUGAUCGUGUCUCUCCAGAACAUUUGGACUAAACCUCUGAAUUCAUAUGGAUUAGUUUUACAAUCUCUUUAUGAGCGACAAAGUUGCGUAGACUAUCAAUGAAGGGACAGAAAUUUGUGUUUUGAAGAUGAAUGAAUGUCUUACGGAUCUGGAACGACGUCAGGGAUAGUAAAUGAAAUGUUUUUCAUUUUUGGGUGAACUAACACUUUAGCUACCCAUGUAUUGCUGAAGUUUAGGUCUUUUAUAUAAUGUCAAAGACCUGCAAUUUCAUAAAAUGUUGCAAAAUUCAGUGACUCAUAAUUGUGGAAAUUCCAACAUAUUCUGAUUGAGAAGACCAGUGUGUUCCUGGAGAUGUCAGCUUUGAGUUAACUACUUGUACAUGUAUUAUUGGUUUCAUAUGUACACUAGUUACACUAGCGUUCCUUAUGGAGUUAGAGUAAAUAGACACUUCGAGAGAUUUCGAGAGUUUUUAGGUUUAUUUUCCUUCAACUUGUCUUUUUUAAGUCCAUCAUACUACAUGCUAUAGUUUAUUAUUUUUGUGUCUCAUUGAAGAUUUUCACGUUGUAGCACGACUGACAUCAUGUGAGAUGCAUCUACUGUAGUAUAAUUUGUUACCCAUAAACCCCUCAGCCUGCCAUCGCCCUUGACCUUCCUAUGAAAUUACAAGUACUCACAAUUCUCGGUCCGCCUCAUCUCUACCUCUCAGUAUUUGUCUCCAGCUGUUGGGAUAGUUGCGACAUACAAUAUUGUCCACAGAUGCAGGUUUUAGUCCCUUUUUUAAUUUUAUUUAGAGUAAAAAAUUUUCUGUCUAUGCGUUUUAAAUCCACAAUCUCUUGUGCUGUCGUGUUGGAUGCUGAAAGUCAUUAUUUUGUUGGUUCACACAAUGAAAACUUGAUCUGAAUUUACCAACUAUCCAAUCCAGUAUUGCACAAGUCAGACUACUCGUCAACGUUUUCUGGUGAUGUUGAGCUAAUUUCAGUUUUCGAACGGCCAUCAGGUGCUUUGUGUUAAUGUGAUGUUAAGAUAAACACCCAGCUGAAUUAGUUUAGUGAGUUUGCACUCUAAAUGCUGGGUUAAAAAUGGACAAACCCAUCAGUUGGGUUAAAUGUUUGACCCAACCUGCUGGGUAGUUUUAUUUAACUCAACUAUUGUUUAAAAAUUACUGUGUUUCUUGCUUAAAAUGAACCCAAAGUAUGUUGUAAAUUAAAAAUUGUAAUGUUAAAUAAAUGAACAUUUAUUAAUAAGUUUAAUGAAUAAUACAUUUAUUAAAUGUUCACCUUUUGAUUAUUACUGUUGCCUCUAGUAAUUAUGUGUCUGAUUUUUAAUUUCGGGUUCAUUUUAAGGGAGCCAUAUAGUCAUUUUUAAACAUUAGUUGGGCUAAAUAAAACUACCCAGCACAGCAGGUUGGGUCAAACAUUUAACCCAAUAACCGCUGGGUUUGUCCAUUUUCAACCCAGCUUGGGUUGUUUUUAACCCAACAUUUAGAGUGUGUGAAUGAAAAUAAGGUUGUGAUGGAUGUUGAUUGUUCAAAACAUUGAAAAUACUUUUUCUUCUUCUUUGUUUUCUAGAAAACAGACCUCAUUUUUAACACCAAAAUCUGUAUUUUUAUCCCUCACAGUCUUGUUAAUUCACAUGAAUUUAAAAAUGGUAUCUACCCAAACUAAAGUCUAUGGCUUGGUGAUGUUGAGUUAUUCUUUGACCAGUUGGUUUAAUUUAUUGACCUUUCUUUCAUUGGAAACCUUGUAUUGAGCAGCACUGAUGAUGCUUUUGUGAAGCACAACUUGUGGUUGCAGUCUUUGUCUAUGUGGCUGAACUUAUAAAUCUCCGUAAAGCGUUACCAGCCAAACCUGAGCUCAAUGGUCAGAGCGAACAAAUCGAAACGUAGUUAGUUACACAAGAGUUGUUCAGAUUUGUACAUUAGUGUCUGUGAGUUCUGUUGGUUUUAUAUAUUCAACGAAGACAAGUUGAUGCCAGAAACAGUUUCUCCUAUCAAAGUCAACAUGAAACCUUUUGCGACCCGAGUAAUGUGACGCGUUUUAGAGUGAAAAGGGACAUUCAGUGUCAAGAGAUUAGGGAUUGUGAAAAGGACCUGACUGUGUGUUUUCUCCUUAAUAUUUUUUAUUAACCAAUAGCCUGAGCAAUCCAGAUGACAUGAUCUUAAAAGUAAUUUCAUAUGCAUUUCAAGUUAUUGUACACUCUGCAAAUAAAGGAUCUUUAUUUGCAUCGAUGGUUCCAUUUAACAUCCAUGGAAUCUUUCCAUUCCACAGUAGGUUCUUUAGAUAAUUUAAAUAUUUUUGCACUGAAAGGUUCUUUGGGGAACCAAAAAAAGGUUCUUAAAUGGCAUUGCUGUGAAAACCCCCUUUUGGAGCCUUUAUUUUUAAGAUGACACACAUUGUGAUGAUAACGUGCACUGAUGAAUCAUUAAAGAGCAGGAACGUGCAUUAAGAAAGCAAAUAGUCUGUUUUAAAUUUAUAUAUUUGACUUUAAAGACGAUGACAUCUAAGGCUUAAAAAACUCAAUGUUUUAAAUGUAUCCAAUUCAAAUGACAAGAUCCCCCAAAAAAACGACAAUAAAGGGUUGCCUAUACAACUUUAAAUUUCAUUAAAAGUGCCUUCUGUAUGUCCACUGGGCCUUGGAGUUUGGAGUAACUGCAGCCUCGAUUCUGAAGCGGUUUGGUUAAAGUCUUGCCUCUCUUGUGGGUGAGUUUAGAUCGGUGAUCUUUGAAAUAUCUCGGUAUUGUCUCAUAACCAAUAUCCUUAACUCAAUGUCUCACUGUUAUAAAAGCAAAAAACACUGUAAACCCAAAUCCAAAUGUGUCUCAUAGAGCGAUUUGGUUGUUCCUUCACUCUUCUUUGUAUCAUUUCUGAUGUUUUCUGCAAACACAUCACGUCAGUCCUGAGAAUUGUACAAUGUGACUUUCAGAUAGCAUUUUUUCUUUCUGCUUUUUGUUUCCUGAUGUAAUUGUCGGGGCGACGAGCCCCUGUAGAUGUACAGACUGUUAACGUUAUAGCAUAUUUUAGUAGAUAAACAGAAAUGAGAAGUGGACGGAUUGGAGAUUCCAUGUUUGCCGUCGGUUUUUAUUUUGAACGUACCUUUUUGGGGUAUUUCUUUUGUGGAAAAUAAACUGUUUCGGUUUGCUUCUGUAUUUGCCAAAUAUGAAUUUAAGUUAAAAAAAAAAAAAUGCUGUAUUUUCCUACAUGGAUUACGUGUUAUGGAGAACGCAGAAGAACAUUGGACGAAUUCCAUUUUGUGAGAUCUGUGUCUGGGAAUCAGCUGGAGGAGACACUGCAGUGAACAUUAACGCGUGUCGUUGUUUUGUGGAUUUGAUCUGCCAUUAAAACAUUCCCCCAGA